UGAAAUAAAGAAGGCCGAAAAUAGCGUUGGACAGCAUAAUCAAUGUAGAUGUAAUAUGCCAACUGCGAAGGCAGAAAAGCCCCCAUCCCCCGUUAAUCAUCCUUGUAUAGAAAGCGCUGCGCAGUGAAGGCAGAAAGCCCGUUCCCCGUAAUCAUCCUUAUCAUCUCUCUCUCUCUCUCUCUCCCUCCGUUGAAAAGGUCACGCAUUCAACUGAAAAGAAAAGUCAUGUUUUUGGACUAACUGCGUCUUCAAGCAUCGCCGGACCCCCGCGAAAUCUUGCACGUUUCCUCCUACCUUUCCUUCUGCAAUCCAAAUUCACCAGAUUCUAGCUCCCUUGCUUCACCCGCAGCAUGGCGUACGUCGACCACGCCUUCUCCAUUUCCGACGACGACAUCAUGAUGGAGACUUCAUACAUCGUCAAUAGCCGCCCUCCGAUCAAGGAGAUCUCUCUCGCUGUCUCUCUUCUCGUUUUCGGAACCCUAGGUAUCGUCCUCGGCAUUAUCAUGGCCUACAACAGAGUCGGCGGCGACAGAGCUCACGGGAUUUUCUUCGCGAUUUUGGGCUCGAUCUUGUUCAUUCCGGGGUUCUACUAUACGCGGAUUGCGUACUACGCAUACAAGGGGUACAAGGGAUUCUCUUUCUCCAACAUACCCGCCGUGUAGUGAAGGAUUGCCUUAUCUUAUGUUUCCGCUUGGCCUGCUUAUGUACAUAUAUCGUGCCGAGUUCCUUUUCCUUUUACUUCUGUAGUAGAUGCUACUGAGUGUUCUAUAUUGCUAUACGAAUGAAUUAUGCAGUUCUUCUCGUGAUCUGAAUUCCUUCCUGUACUAUAUUUGAAAUUCAAGUUCUUUCAAUCUGUGUUCAUGUCGAGUAAUCCAACGUCUCCUACAAAGUUUUAGCUAA